AUGGAGUCAGAAAAGCAGCAAAGUAGUGUGAACACCCAUGGAUUACUUUCAGUAUUAAAUUUUGAGGGAAAACUUGUGUACGAAGAAAUUAUAAGAGCUACAAAUGAUUUUGAUCCUAGUUAUUGUAUCGGUAGUGGUGGAUUUGGAACUGUUUAUAGAGCAGAACUACCAUCGGGGGACAUUAAGAAAUUUCACUCACAUCUUGUAGAGAUGGGAGAUCAAAAAGUGUUCUCAAACGAAAUAAAGGCAUUGACAGAUAUACGACAUCGAAAUAUUAUGAAAUUUUAUGGGUUUUGCUCACAUGCUCGACAAUCGUUAUUGGUGUAUGAAUGCCUUGAAAGGGGCAGCUUGGCCACAAUCCUAAGCACUGAAGCAGAAGCCAAAGAAUUGGGUUGGAGGAAUCAAAUGAAUAUUAUAAAAGGUGUAGCCAAUGCUUUGUCUUACAUGCACAAUGAUUGCUCCCCACCAAUUGUCCACCGAGACAUAUCAAGCAAAAGUGUAUUGUUGGACUUGGAAUAUGAAGCUCAUGUUUUGGACUUCGAAACUGCAAAAUUUAUCAAGCAAGACUCGUCCAAUUGGUCUGAACUUGUAGGGACAUAUGGAUAUGUAGCACCGGAGCUUGCUUACACAAUGACUAUUACAGAAAAAUGUGACGUCUAUAGCUUUGGAGUGUUAGUGCUGGAAAUAAUUAGAGGGAAUCAUCCGGGAGAUUUUUUAUCCUUAUUUCCAUCAUUGUCUUCCAAUGUGAAUUUAGUUCUCACUGAUAUGUUAGAUCCAUGA